AUGGCUCCUCCUUCGCAACUCGCAAUCGCCACCUCGGCAGUCGAACGCCUUGUCAAGGAAGAGGCAAGCUACCACAAGGAGCUCGAACAGCAACAAGCCCGCAUUGAAAAGCUCAAGCAAACUAGCAGCGAUGAAGAAAAUGCUGAGUGGAACUUGAAGCAAGAGGUNUUGUGUUUUAAUUUGCCAGUAGACCCUAUGGUCGUUGACGCCAUGCAGAACAGAGCUAUGGACGAGACCAAAGCCAUGUUCCCUCAGCUGCGCAACCGCAUCCAGGAAUCUCUGGCCAAGCUUGAGCACCAACUUAGCGAGCAGAACAGCCCCGAGGAAGUCACAAAGGCGAAGGAGGCCGUAGCAUCGGCCAAGAAUGCCAUCAAGGAAACAUCCUAA